GUUGAUAUACAAAGUAGGCCCUGACGUCGCCAUUGUGCCAUUUGCCAGCUACCAGACACCAACAUCAUGCAGCUAUCUGCCUUCGCCAUCGCUGUUCUUGCCGCCCUUUCGACGCAUGAUGUCUCGGCUGUGGGGUGCACCCCCGACCAAAAGCAGCAAAUGCUCGAUGCGAUCACGACCCACCCGAGCUGGCCGGCGUGUCAGCAGGCCACAGAGCCAUUCGAUUUUUUCCUGGCAUUGACCCAGCAAGGCCCGAAACCAACCGCGAACGACUUGGCGAAAUUCCAAGCCGCCGCGCCAUGCAACACCGUGUAUGCGUCGUUCCAAGACGCCAUCAAGCGAGCCAAUUGCGACGAAAUCGCCGAACUCGUUGGUGUGCCCGCUGACCAGCUAGUGCCGGCUGCUGCCCCAUCCACCGCCACACCACGCGACCAGGCAGCGGCCCUAUCCCCCGCUGUACCGGCGAAGUCGCCACGGCCUAUGGAAUCUGAGACGUUGGCACCCCCACGAGCGUCCGUCGCCUCUUCAAUGCCCCCAAAAUCGACGGUGCCCGCGGUUCCAGCAGCGACGACUAAAGUCAUGGAUAAAAUGACUGGGAAGAAAAUGCAGCCUCCGUCAUCGUUGGCCGCAACUUCGGCGUCACUGGCCUUGUCAGCCAUCAUGGCGGCCAUCGUGGUGACCAUGUUUUAACUGCAACCGGGCAGUCACAACUUGACCACUUGUACACUUUGAACCCUUUAAAAGAGUAUUGCAUAAAUAGAUAACCAAUGAUUUUAAUUGCG